AUGCAGGUGGUCAGGCACAAGCAAAGAGUUAAUCCUGCGGUCUCUUUGCCCCUCCUCUUUGAUGUUCUGACAUCAUUAGUCCAGCCCCCUGAAAGAUCCUUUUCCUCAGAGCCCGUCACUUGUACUCUGGAAUGUUUACAGGAACUUCAUGAGCAGCAUCAGGACCAAGCGUUUGGCAGAGGAAAAAAGACAUGCACUGAAGAAACUUUUGGUUCAGGGAUCAUAGCAGACGCCACAGGUGUAGCCGCUGGGCUCAACAGAGUAAUGGCUGUUCAGACUGCAAUCAUGAACCCUCAGUUCAUGAAUUUCUGCUUCCCUGGCUCUGUGAUGGAGUACGAUGUGGAGAAAAGUCUAGAUGGGAGUCUCCUCGGCGAGGCAGAAAAUGAUGAGGACUACAAAGAGACCACUAGAGACUUGCUGAGCUUCAUAGACUCAGCCUCCAGCAAUAUCAAGCUGGCUCUGGACAAGCCAGUGAAAUCCAAGAGGAAAGUGAACCACAGGAAGUACCUACAGAAGCAGAUCAAAAGGUGCACAGGCAUUAUAACACCAGGAAACAUAGCAGAAGCCACGGUUAAAAGACAGGGUACCCCCCUGGCUCAGACCAGUCCUUUGCAGAGCAAAACUCUACCUAAGCGUGAUGGGGUCCAGGCCAACUUACAGAGCAAGAGCUUGGCAGCCCUCUUCAGCCCUGUGAAAGAUAUAAGGGGUGAAAAAGCCAAGAAACCACCCCUGAGGCAUCGCAAUCUGCCCCCCUCUUUCUUUAUGGAGCCUGCCAACUGCUCCAAAGUCAGUUCCACAUCUGGGAUGACGCUAAAGGACUUGGAACGAGGCAAUCCUGAGGCUGCAGAGUUCUUCGAGCUCUUGGGGCCUGAGUACAGCAACAUGGUGAGUGACCAGGACCUUUAUCAAAACAUGCCUCUCCGGGUGCAGCAAGAGAUGGGAGGCCCGGAUCCUGCUUCCUAUGAUGCUCACAAUUUAGUUGGUGGUCUCCUUUACUCUGAGCCCUGGACUAGCUGCUCAGGACCCUCUAAGAAACUAGGGGGGAGCCUGCGUACAAGUCCAGCUCAGCCUCCUGUCUACUGUCCCUCUGAGGCUGCUGGGCCCAUAGAGGACAAUGCACUGUGCACUUUGGCCUUCCCGAACUUCUUCACAGACUGCUCCAUACCUCAGGUCACUUAUGAUUUAAGUGGUGGUUAUAACAGAGCUAAUUAUUCAUCUCUAUGAGAAAUGAAAUUCUGUUGUUAGAAGUUCUGGCAAAAGCAGAAAAAAUACUGUGACAAGUUUAACAAUAGUCCAAGAGAGAUUGAUAUUACUGUAUCUUAUUUGUUUAUCGGUUGUGGAAGAAAUAUUGCAGCUUGCUAAAUUACAUUUUGUAUCAUCUCCUCUCAACAACAAUGUUUGUCAUUAUCCAGAGAGAAACAAGGAACUUAAAAUGUUUUCUGUCAUAGUAAAUGUUCACAGUUUUUCAAAUAAUUGGAUACCAUGUAUUUUUCAACAUCCUAGUUUCAUUUACUACACUGUUCAGUUUAAUGGUAACUUGUUUCACAUGCAGAUAUGUUUUUCCUCAUCUCAGGCAAUUUCUAAUGACUAAUUCUAAUUCUGAUUGAAAAUACAUCGGAUUUUGGGUAUGCUUCAGUUUUGCCACCAGAGUAUGGUAGUCUGUUCAUUUGGAUGUAUCCUAUUCAUUUGGGAAUUUGAUAAUAAAGACAUUUGAUUCCAUCAUUUUCAUAUUUUACAAAAAGAAAACCUACAAGCUGCAGAAAUAGCUGUUGGUUUAGUCCACUAAACAUUACUUAUUGCUAGAAAAUUAUAUUAUAGAACAUUUGACAAAACAUGCUGCAACAAUCUCUCAGCGAGGCACUUUCUCAUUCCAGUUCCAGUAACAGUCAUCAUGUAGAGAUGUAGAGGGGGAAACUCAACAAUUACAGUAAUGUGUUAUGCCAUGUUUGUUUUACAACAUUUUACAGCUCAAAAAUGAUUUUCAGCUGGCAGA